AUGAAUGAAACCAUCAUGGCUCGGAUGAACAUGAUACGAAUCUUGAUUCUCAUUGAGAUUUGCUCCAGAGUAGACAAUUCGGUUGCGUUCCAUCUUGUUAAUUUUCAAACCAAACAACAAUACUCGAGGACAUUGACGCAUUUCUUGUCAUUAGAGAAUGACGAUUUUGGGACAACAGAUGACGUGUCCUUGGAACAAACUGAAACCACAUUCCCUUCCAUAUCUCUCUUUAAAGAUGUAGAUUACGAGUAUCUUGCAUCAAUCGAUCAGGACGCAGAUUCCAUCUCGACCUUGGAAUCUCUGACGUCAUUCGAUAGACUACCCGAGAUCCCCACCAAAACAGAGGAAACAAUAAUGUCAAGAGUGACCGAAACGGCUUCGGCAUGUCUUAUCUUAACACUGGGAAGCUUUGCCACGUCCUACCUUAUUAGCGACUUGCUAAUCAAAUUUGAAUGGCUUCAAGAUUGGCGGUAUUUUUGGCCAUUGAUUGGUGGUUUGUAUGCGGCAGAUCCGAUCCUGCAACGAUUCUGGAAAAGCAAUCCAUCCAUGCUCCCCUUUAACCUUUCCAAGAAUCAGGGGAUCCAGUUUCUGAGUAUCGUGGGGGGCAUCUUUACUUUGAUUGGUGGUGCUUACGAUGCAUUUAUGCCAGUCUGGCAAACAGGGCCAAAUGUGUUCACCGUUGCAGGAAUUGGACAAGAUGGGGCCGUCUUAUUGCUGAUAGUGACUGCAGUAUCGAUCAUUCAAGAAAAGUGGAAGGUACAGAGAUCGACGAUAUAUCAGUCCAGCAACAGCAAUAGCAGCAACCGGUCCCUGCUUCAGAUUUUGCUCUUGGCGGAACUCUACCAGCUUGGGGAAUCGUCUGUGGAUGAGAUCGUGUCAACUGUUGAGGCUAUUGCCAAUUCGCUUGGAUGA